AUGAAACUACAUUCCUUCAUCCCAUACAGCUUCACGGCGGCUUUCCUCGCCACCACUGCCACCUGCCUCACUAUUGCUGAGAUUAACGGCAACAAGUUCAUUUCUCCAUAUCGCAACAGAGACGUUACUAAUGUCACUGGCCUGAUUACUGCCAAGGGCCCAGAUGGUAUUUGGAUCCGGUCAACGAGGCCUGACAACAGCUCGAGUACCUCAGAAUCGAUAUAUGUCUUCGGCAACACUACGUUCAGCCGUAACCUGACGACUGGCGACAUUAUCUCUCUGAAUGGCCGAGUCACAGAGUACAGGUCUUCUUCAUCCCAUUUGUAUCUCACCGAGCUUACGAGGCCGUCGGCGAUCAGAGUCGUGUCUACUGGUAAUACAGUCACUUCACUCAAGAUCGGACUUGACACAACCAGUCCUCCAACGGAGCAAUUCACGAGCUUGGAUAAUGGUGACGUAUUUGGAUUGCCCAACAACGCCAGCCAAAUAUCAAACGCCAACCCCGAGCUUCAGCCUGAGAGAUAUGGGUUGGACUUCUGGGAAUCGAUUGUAGGCGAGCUUGUAACUGUCUCAAGGCCCACGGCGGUCGCAAAGCCAAACCAGUUUGGUGACACCUGGGUUGUGGGUGACUGGAGAAAGACUGGACAGAAUAGCAGAGGUGGAUUGACCUUGUUAUCUGGCGACGGUAACCCGGAAGCUAUUGUUAUUGGCAGCCCACUGGAUGGUACUGACAAUCCGGAGGACACCAAGCUUGGCGACGCUAUCCAGGAUGUUACCGGCAUCGUUACCUAUGCUUUCGGCAAUUAUCGCAUUCUUCCGCUCACCAAGCUCACUGUUCUGUCGUCGAGAGAGCCAGCUCUUCCAUCACCCGUGAGGUACAUUUCCACUGGAGGAUGUAGCGGCAUCACUUUCGGUGAUUACAACAUCGAAAACCUAGCACCUAACAGCACGAAUAUACCCGCACGAGCGGAGCAUAUCACCACGUAUCUAGGUUUACCAGAUAUUGUCUUUCUACAGGAGGUCCAGGAUCAGACAGGCCCUUCAGACGAUGGUGUAGUGUCUGCAGACCGUACUCUGGAUGUGCUAGUAGCUGCUAUCGCCGAUGUCAGUGGUUUCACAUAUGCGUAUGUCGAUAUCGAUCCAGUCAACCGCGAAGACGGCGGACAGCCUGGAGGCAAUAUCAGACAAGCCUACCUCUAUAAGCCGCAAGUCCUCGAACUGGCGAAUAUCAACCCUGGCGGCUCUAACGACACUACCGAGGUACUGCCGGGGCCUCGUCUAAGCUUCAACCCUGGACGUAUCGCUCCAACCAGUUCUGCAUGGGAAGACAGCCGAAAGCCACUUGCCGCUCAGUGGCGAGUUGUCUCGGACAAUUCCACGUUUUUCACAGUCAAUGUGCACUUCACGAGCAAGGGUGGCAGCUCACCAAUCGAGGGCGAUGCAAGACCUCCGGUCAAUCUCGGUGUUGAUCAGCGUUCCCAGCAGGCAAACAUCACUGCAGCUUUCAUCGCUGAUAUCCUUUCAGAAGACUCAGAUGCGGCUGUCAUCUUGGGAGGUGACUGCAACGAGUUCACAUUCGUCGAGCCUCUAGAGUUAUUUGUCCAGGAAUCUGGUUUAAUUGACCUUGAUGAGGCUGCAGGUGUUGAUCCUGUCGAGAGAUACACCUAUCUUUUUGACAUGAAUAGUCAGGAGUUGGACCAUUUCUUUGUUAGUGAAAGUAUCGCCGUGCAAGCACCGAAGCUUGAGCAUGUGCACGUCAAUACCUGGGUUAGCUAUGAUGAUCAAAUCUCUGAUCAUGAUCCCAGUGUAGCCCAGCUAAACGUUUGUGGAAGUAGAGGCGGAUCCAAUGGCAACAAUGGCAACGGCAACGGUAAUGGGAAUGGGAAUGGUGCCAGCAAUGGCAAUGGUAACAAGAACGGGCACAACAAAGAUGACAAGAAGUCAAAAGACAAAAAGAAGGAUCGUCGAAGCCGUGGCUGGGGCGGCGACCAGGCAUCAUGGUAG